AUGACGGCACCCAGUGACCGACGUGCCGACGACAAUGUCGAAUUAUUACCAUUGAAAUCUAUGUUAGUGAAUAACAAUUACAGGGAAGAUGAAGCUUAUUAUCCUCCGGCCCCGGUCUUCAACAACCAUCCCUCGAGUUCUAAUCUCUACGAGUAUACGCUACUCUCAAAGCGCACACCGGCUUCUAAACGAUUACUUCGUCCGUCUCAGCCGGCACCGACGCCAUUGUUGACACUAUGUGGAGCUCCGCCGCCGUCUCGCAAGCGUGAAGAACUCACAGCACUCGCCAACUUAAGAAAGAAAGUCGCGCCUGCUUUGUUGCAUCAUGACAGGCGACCGAGAAACAACAGCACAUCUCACAAAGAAGAAGAACCGGAGCAGCUGGACAACAGACCUAAGUUAUUACAAAGGGUUCUUCGGAUGAAGCCCGUAAGUAUGGUAGUACAAUGGAGCGAGGUGCGCACAGCCUGGCAGGACAGCGACUUCAUCACCGAAUGUCUCUGUUGGCAUAACGUCUAUCGACAGAGACACGGAGCGCCUCAACUUUACAUGGCACCAGAGUUAUGCGACUAUGCCCAGGCGUGGGCGAAUCAUUUGGCUCACACCAACAAGUUCCACUAUAGAAACGAUCGUGAUGUUGGGCAGAAUCUUUACCAGCGGCCAGUGAGUGACAUACAACCUGACGUCACUGGCCAAGAGGUGUCAUCGUAUUGGUAUGCAGCGGUUCGACAAUACAACUUCUUUAAGGAAUCGGACGUUCUUCACGCAAAUGUUAAUGCAGGUCAUUUCACACAAAUGGUGUGGGUGGCGACGCGGUUCUUCGGAGUGGGCAAAGCGAGGUCAAGAGCAGGUAAGGUCAUAGUGGUAGCCAAUUACUCUCCUCCAGGCAACAUGUCGGGGCAGUUCGAGAGCAACGUGCUGCCGCCGCUGCCAGACAACUUCCCGGACCUGCCGCCGCCAGAGCAC